AUGGUUAAUGCAGUAAAGGCGGUGUUGUCUGAUGCAGAACAUCGAAUUGGUAUCUGGUAUAUCCGCCAAAAUGCAUUAAAGCAGCUUUCCGCACUGUAUAUGCAACCUGGUUUUGAGAUUCUCUUCAACAGAUGCAUCUCUGAUUGCCAAACAGAGGAGGAAUUUGAGUCGAGGUGGGAGUCGUUACUGGAGCGAUUUGAUCUUUCUGAAAACCCAUGGCUUAGUAGUCUGUACAAGUCAAGAGAAAGAUGGGCUUGUGUGCUUAUCAAGAAAACCUUCUGCGCAGGUCUGCAACAUGGUGAGAACAUCCAAAGUGUUUUCCAAAUUCCUAAGAAUGAGAACACGGGUCUAUUAGAGUUCGCCCAACAAUAUCUGGAAGUGGUGAAGAGAAGACGCUUGGAAGAGCUAGACGAAGAUUUUCAAUGCAAUGGAACUGCCCAGGUGACAAUUUUAACUGGUAGUGCAAUUGAGAGACAAGCAGCCGAUAUAUACACGCGCACAUUGUUCAAAACAUUUCAGGAAGAGUUUCUGAAAUGUUUAUCAGUGACAAUAGAAGAAACCGCCAGUAAUGAGACAAUUACCACAUACAAUCUGACAGAGGAAGGCCACAAGGAGAGCGUUGUGGAAUUCAAUUGUUUAGACUCUAGAGUUCCUUGCAGUUGCAAGAAGUUUGAAUCUUUUGACAUUUUAUGUGUCCACGCCUUGAAGGUACUGAAUGCAAGAAAUAUCUUUCAUGUACCCCACAAAUACGUAUUAAAGAGGUGGACAAAAUCUGCAAAAUGUGGUGUGCCAUAUGAAUAUGAACAGGAGAUGGCUGACGAGACGAAGCAGCAGACAGUGAAUUUGCUUAUGCACAAAACUUUGAAUGUCUUUACUAAAAGUGUGGCAAUUGAGGAUAGCAAGAAGAUAGCUGGGGACUUUCUGGGAAAGACAUUAGAACAGAUAGAAGAUGUUCUAAGAGUAAAGAAUUAA